AGUUACCCACCCUCGCCCCUUUCUCUCUGCCCCUUUCUCUCGCAACCUUGGUAAGAAGUGAAUGAAUAGAGAGGGUUGACCACUUUUAUUUGUGCCAUUAUUUCUGAUGUGGUUUUUAAUUGGGGGAAUGAACAAACUGGUUUGAUCUUUGUUAUGGAGGGUGAGUUUGAGGAUAAGAUCCUACUUGUAAGGGAAUGGUUCUGAUAGAAGGGUUUUCGAUGAGUUGGUUGGUAUUGAAACCCUAGAUGUAUAAGUUAGGCCACUCUCAGUGUUUUGAUGGCUUGCAGAUAAAUUUAGAGGAUUUUUUGAUCCGGGAUUAUAAGAGUUGAGGAUUGCUAUUGACCUCUUGGAGUAUCUGUAUUUGAUUCAGCUACGUUCGAUUGGGGCUAUGUCUCAUGUUCUCUGGCAGUUGAAGGGAGUUAUUUUUUGUUGAAGAGUGGGAUUGGAAAAUUGAAUCCAUUUACAUCCUCAUUGUGGGCAUGUCAUGGACAUUGUCUGUUAAAAAGAAUAGAAGUAUAGUGCCCGUUCAACUUGAAUAUAAUCCGAAUUUAGUUUGUAUCCAUAUGCAUAGGAGAUGGGUUCUCGAGGAAGGCCAUUAUUUGAUCUCAAUGAGCCACCUGCAGAAGAUAAUGAUGAGAGGGAUGGUAUUAUUUGUCUCCAGCCCCAAAAGACUCAGCCAUCAACAAAUCCUAACUCUUCUGAUUUAUUUGCAGCAUCAUCUGCUGCCCAAGGAAUAAUAAAUAAUCAUGCUUUUUCACAUGCGUCAUCUGUCUCUGGAUUUCAACCUUUUGUUCGGCCUAAAUCCUCCUCUUGUAUCCCUGAUGUAGAUGCUGUAUCGAAGGGAGCAGAAGAACAAGAUACAAAUGCUAGUUCCAAGUCUGGCAAAGAGGACGAUUUGAAAGUUUUGGAUUCACGGAUACUAAGUUCAGCAGCUGCUCAAUCCACAGAGAGGGAAGAAGGGGAAUGGUCUGAUGACGAGGUCUCUGCCGAUGUAAAUGGAUCUCAUAAUUUGCUCCAACAAAGUCAAGUGUCACAAGAGCAAACAACAUCUGGAAUGGUGGAUGGGGGUGGAGUGGCUUCUGAAAGGAAGUCUAGCAAUAUUACUUCUGAAAGCAAGUCUGGUAAUACUAAAGGUCCUGAUAGUACAAUUGAUGAAAAGAGUAGCCGUGCCUCUGUAGGUCUAGAGUCAAAUUCUACCGAACAGAAGAGCAACAUUGUCCCAAAUUCAGAUGGCAGUAUAAAAAGUGAAGCUUCUAAUGAUGCUCAAGAGGAGCCCAGUUUGAUUCCUAAGCAAAAAGAAGUGAAAGGUAUUGAAGCUAGUCAUGCUCUUAGGUGUGCAAAUAAUCCUGGGAAGAGAAAGAUUGACCAGCGCAAAGAGGAAAUGUUGGGAAAGAAACGAAAUAGACAGACUAUGUUUCUUAACUUGGAAGAUGUCAAGCAGGCAGGUCCUAUGAAAUCUUCAACACCAAGAAGGCAGAAUUUUUCAUCGCCUAUUAUAACUCGUACCAUAAAGGAGGUCCGUAAUGUUCCUGCACAAGUUGAGCGUGUUGGAGCAGCUAAGGAUCAGAAACAGGUUGAGACAUCUUUUGCUGAAGGUGGCAUCCAUGCUGACUUACAUGAACCUAAAUCUGAUUCUAAUGGUGAUAAUUCUGGACCACUUGGUAGGUCUAGGAGGCUAAACAGUGAGACGGAACCUCCGGCAGAGGUUAAUUUACCACCCAUUCCAAGACAGGGUUCAUGGAAACAACUAACAGAUUCAAGACAGCAGAAGAAUGUACUUGGUUCAAGUAGGAAGUUGGGACAGACUGGUCAAAGCUCCAACUCCAAUGAUGUCAAGGUGGGAAACAAAAAACAUGCUCCUAUGAAGAAGCAGACUCCUGUCAGCAUCCAGCCCCAAGACACAUCUGUUGAACGCCUUAUACGGGAGGUUACCAGUGAAAAAUUUUGGCACCACCCAGAGGAAACUGAGCUACAAUGUGUUCCUGGACGGUUUGAGUCGGUCGAAGAGUAUGUCAGAGUAUUUGAACCUUUACUCUUUGAGGAAUGUCGGGCUCAAUUAUACAGUACAUGGGAGGAAUCAAUGGAGACAGUAUCAAGGGAUACUCAUAUUAUGGUGAGAGUAAAAGCAAAUGAAUCAAGAGAAAGAGGAUGGUAUGAUGUGAAACUACUUCCUCCAUUACAUGACUUCAAAUGGCCAUUUAAGGAGGGAGAUGUUGCAGUCCUAUCAUCUCCUAGGCCUGGAUCAGUCAGGUCCAAGCAGAGCAGUGCAUCUUUAGCUCAGGAUGAUGGGGAAGCGGAAAUCACUGGACGAGUGGUUGGAACAGUUAGGCGACAGAAACCUAUUGAUACCCGUGAUCCAACUUGUGCAAUUCUCCAUUAUUAUGUUGGGGACUCUUAUGAUCCUAUCAGGGUUGAUGAUGAUCAUAUCAUAAGAAAACUUCAAAUUGGAAGCAUUUGGUACCUCACAAUACUUGGAUCUCUUGCUACCACACAGAGGGAGUAUGUUGCUCUACAUGCAUUUCGUCGGUUAAAUUCACAGAUGCAAACUGCUAUCCUUCAACCUAGUCCUGAACACUUCCCUAAAUAUGAGCAGCAAACCCCAGCCAUGCCUGAAUGCUUUACACCAAACUUUGUUGAUCAUCUUCGUAGGACCUUUAAUGAACCCCAGUUGGCAGCAAUCCAAUGGGCUGCCACGCAUACAGCUGCUGGUACAAGUAGUGGAACAACAAAAAGGCAAGAACCGUGGCCCUUUACCCUUGUUCAGGGACCUCCAGGAACAGGAAAGACGCAUACUGUAUGGGGAAUGUUGAAUGUCAUUCACCUUGUGCAGUAUCAGCAUUACUAUACCUCCUUGCUUAAGCAUGUAGCCCCGGAAAGCUACAAGCAAGCUAAUGAGAUCAGUUCAGAUAAUGCACCCAUGGGAUCUAUUGAUGAAGUUCUUCAAAACAUGAACCAGAAUCUCUUGCGUACUUUGCCUAAGUUGGUCCCCAAACCUAGAAUGUUGGUUUGUGCUCCAUCUAAUGCUGCCACUGAUGAGCUUCUUGCUCGUGUCCUUGAUCGUGGAUUUAUUGAUGGUGAGAUGAAAGUAUAUCGACCCGAUGUGGCUCGAGUUGGGGUUGAUUCUCAGACACGUGCUGCCCAAGCAGUUUCUGUUGAGCGUAGAACUGACCAGCUUUUGGUCAAGAAGGAGGACGAAGUUCUUGGAUGGAUGCAUCAGUUAAAGAAUCGCGAGGCUCAGUUGACUCAGCAGUUACAUUGUCUUCAUAGAGAACUUAAUGCUACUGCCGCUGCAGUUCGUUCCCAAGGAUCUGUUGGUGUAGACCCUGAUGUUCUCAUGGCCAGGGAUCAGAGUCGGGAUGCUCUACUGCAAAAUCUUGCUGCUGUAGUUGAAGGAAGGGACAAGGUUUUAGUUGAGAUGUCUCGCCUUGCACUUUUGGAAAGUAGGUUCCGACCUGGUAGUGGUUUCAAUAUGGAUGAGGCCCGUGCCAGUUUGGAGGCCAGUUUUGCCAAUGAAGCAGAGAUAGUUUUCACUACAGUUUCCAGCAGUGGUCGCAAGUUGUUCUCUCGUCUUUCCCAUGGUUUUGAUAUGGUGGUCAUUGACGAGGCAGCUCAAGCUAGUGAGGUGGGAAUUCUGCCUCCCCUCUCUCUUGGUGCAGCUCGAUGUGUUCUGGUCGGAGAUCCUCAGCAGCUUCCUGCUACAGUUAUUAGCAAGGCUGCUGGAACAUUGAUGUACAGUAGGAGUCUUUUUGAGAGAUUCCAACAAGCAGGUUGCCCGACAAUGUUGUUGUCUGUGCAGUAUAGAAUGCAUCCCCAAAUUCGAGAUUUCCCUUCUAGAUACUUCUAUCAGGGGCGCCUUACUGACAGUGAAAGCGUGGUUAAAUUGCCUGAUGAGGUAUACCACAAGGACCCUUUACUUAGACCUUAUAUAUUCUAUGAUAUCAGACAUGGACGGGAGUCUCACAGGGGUGGAUCAGUCUCUUAUCAAAACAUACAUGAAGCACAAUUUUGUCUCCGAUUGUAUGAGCAUCUUCAGAAAACUUUGAAAUCUUUGGGUAUGGGAAAGAUUAGUGUUGGAAUAAUUACUCCUUACAAGCUGCAGCUGAAAUGCCUCCAGCGUGAAUUUGAGGAAGUCUUAAAUUCAGAAGAAGGGAAGGACCUAUAUAUUAAUACUGUAGAUGCUUUCCAAGGUCAAGAACGAGAUGUCAUUAUAAUGUCAUGUGUGCGUGCUUCUAGUCAUGGUGUUGGCUUUGUUGCAGAUAUUAGACGGAUGAAUGUUGCACUUACACGUGCAAGGAGGGCCCUUUGGGUCAUGGGAAAUGCAAAUGCUCUGGUACAAUCUGAUGAUUGGGCUGCGUUGAUUACUGAUGCAAAAUCCCGAAAUUGCUAUAUGGAGAUGGACUCCCUUCCGAAGGACUUUAUGGUAUCGAAGGGACCUACUUACACGCCACUGCCUGGUAAGGCUUCCUCAAAUAUGAGGGGCAUGAGAUCAGGUGGACAAAGAUUUAGAGGAAUGGAGGCGCAUGGGGAGCCCAGGAUGGGCGCACCAUGUGAAGAUGAUGAAAAGAUGGGUGCACCAGCAAGCUUCAGAAAUGGGAAUCAUCGAUCAUCAAGAUAUCCAAUGGAGAAUUCUUUAGACGAUUUUGACCAUAUGGGCGAUAAAUCCAGAGAUUCCUGGCAGUAUGGUGCACAGAAGAAGCAGAACUCUGCUGGAAAUGGGGGAAAGAGAGAUGUGUAACCAUGGCUUAUCUGCACAUUAUUGUCCAUCUUGAGGGGGAUUUAUGGGGCUAUCUGACUUCCUAAUUCUGUGAUCUCUCACCGUGGAAAGCUUGCAGACUGGAUCGGCCGGAGCUGUAUGAGCCCAAGACAAAGAUAUGCACAGCCUUGGAGGACAGACCAGCAUCCAGUGUGGAUAAGGCCUACAUUGUUACGUCAGACACGCGUUGGUUCAUGCAAUUUUGUACAGCAGAUUGAUGUGCUGCGCGGAAGACUGCAGACUUUAGUCCGCCAACAAUGUAUGAAAGUGAACGGGGACCAAGCUGGUUGGAGGCGGAGUACUCAUUUUUGUGUCAGUACCAAAUAUUAAAGGAAAACUGCUACAGGGAAUUUUAGGGAUCUAAGGUAGUAGUUUGCUGUCAACUGACUCUGUACAUAACAUGGAUUCACAACAUUGUUUUUAGCAAAUUGUUUUGUGUUUCAUUUAUGUUAAACGGAAGUGUUUCACUUCCAAAGGAGGAAGAAAAGGUUACCCUUCUUUUCUUGUUACUUCAAUACCCAAAAGGUGUGCUUGUAUGACAUUUUCAUUAUUUAAUUAAUUUUUUUAAACGGUC